UGAUUUUGACAAGUGCGCUGCUGCUUCUACAUUCUUCGCACACACAUUCAUCAGUGUUCAGGAAAGAUCGGUAGAAAAUUUGCGAUUCUCCAUUUCGUUUGGGAUCAAAAGAAUAUUCGUUUCGGCGGAGGUGCGUACGCGUAUCGGCGACAUCGCGAGCAAGCAAAUCACAUCGCCCCUGGCUUUUUGAGCAGGUAAACUCGGGCUGUUGCAGUGUACCGCAGACGCACAGCGAAAGAAAAGGCCAUUAUUCUUUCCUUCCGAAGAGUCGGUCGAGAAUAAGAAGACGCAAAUAAAGCCACCGUCGGAAUGGCACUCAAUCCGCAGUACGAUCAGAUCGGCACCGGUUUCGUGACCCAGUAUUAUGGGAUGUUUGACAAUCCUGCAACACGGGCGAACCUAGUUGCUCUCUAUAAUGUCGAGCAUUCUUUCAUGACCUUUGAGGGUGAACAAAUCCAAGGAGCAGCUAAAAUUCAAGAGAAAUUACAAAGCCUAACCUUUCAAAAGAUCAACCGAGCAAUAACAGCUAUCGAUUCCCAGCCGAUGUUCGACGGUGGUGUUCUAAUCAAUGUCCUAGGAAGACUGCAAACCGAUGAUGAUCCGCCCCACGCCUACACGCAAACGUUCGUACUGAAACCAAUCGAGAGCAGCUUUUUUGUUCAGCACGAUGUCUUCAGAUUAGCGUUGCAUAAUAUGGCAUAGCGUGAUUGUCGUUGUGUUGUCACCACUUUUACCGCUAGAAACAGUUGUUAUCCGCAAACAUUACACUCACUACUGGCAUGCUACCGGUAACUUCUAACGACGAACUAAAAUUUUCUUCCGACCGAUCCGGAUUGUCUCCAGAUGCGACAUCCAACGUGGACACUCGAGAAAUAAACUAAUAGGAUAUUAUGAAAUUUGUAAAGAAACGACAAGAUGCACACUACGAAGCAAGUGGAAAGGAUUUUAGGCCCCACCAUAUUUAUGCUAAUAAUGCACCUGCACGAAAAUGCGUUGGAAGCGACAUCAGACUAAACUAGCACAUUGCUGUUUUAUAUAUAUUUUGACCGGCUGACGCGCCUCUACACACUAGCGUAAACUAUCGUUUUGUUUCCCGACGUGUAUUGAGCCUACAAUAUUAAAUUAAUUGUAAUGCUUCUACGGUUUAUGUUUGUCUCUACCAAGAACUUGAAUUAAAUAAAAAAAAUACAGAAAAAA